GUAUUAGUAAAUAAACUAACUUGAGGAAUUAAGUUUAUCUAUCUAUUACGUUUUAUAGAAAAUUGAAGAUUUGUUUAGUAAUACGGUGUGAUUUAGGGACGUUAAAUAUUUAUGUAGCUCGUUACAUUAAUGUUUAUUGAGAUUUUGUUGGAAUGUAAAUACUUUGGAGUACGCGGUUCUACAAUAAAAAAAACUUUUAUAUCACAUAUUAUUCUAGCUAUCGUUGCUGUCGUUGCCAACUGCCAACUUUUUCAUAGCAUGUCAUAAGCAAUCUUCGCAGUCCCCCUGUCCGCAUGAGCGUGGCUAUAUGCAACUCAAACAUAACCUCAAAUUAUUAACCAAAUAAAAAAGCGUGUUUUUGAUCAGUUCUUACUAACGAUCUUUGAUAAUUGAAAGUUGUAACGAUUAAAUUAUUCUUGCAGAUUACAAAUAACUUAAAAUGGUCAGAAAAUUGAAAUAUCACGAACAAAAACUAUUGAAGAAAGUCGAUUUUAUAUCUUGGGAAGCUGACAAUAAUUUACACGAAGUUAAAGUUCUAAAACGCUAUCAAAUACAAAAGAGAGAAGAUUAUACAAAGUAUAAUAAACUAGCCAGAGAAAUUCGAGAACUUGGGAAAAAAAUUAAAGAGUUGGAUGCAGAUAGUCCAUUCAGAGCAGAACAAAGCGCUGCUUUACUUGAAAAAUUAUACAUGCUUGGUCUUAUUCCUACCAAGUGGGAUCUUUCUCUAUGUCAAAAAAUUACAGCCAGUUCAUUCUGUAGACGUAGAUUACCUGUUAUUAUGGUCAGGAGCAAAAUGAGUGAAACUAUAAAAAUGGCUACUCAGUUAAUUGAACAAGGGCAUAUUCGUGUUGGACCAGAAGUAAUCAAAGAUCCAGCAUUCUUAGUAACAAGAAAUUUGGAGGAUUUUAUAACAUGGACAGAUACUUCAGCUAUAAAAAAGCAUAUAUUGGACUAUGCCAAUUGUCGAGAUGAUUUUGAAAUGUGAAACUUCAUACUUAAGAAAACCUUGUAAAUAAAUAUACUGAAUAAGAAUAUUUUAUAAAUAAAAAAUAUGUAAAUAAUAAAAUAAUUUUCUUCAAUAAUAAAAAAACAAAGAAAUUUUUAAAAAAA